GGCGCUAUGUGGAAGAUCAGGACGCCCCAGACAGAGAGCAGACAAUGCUGGAAGCCCAUUCUCUAGGCUUGGACACGAGUAAGUUUGUGUCUGAGUCCCCGGCUGCCCACUCGGCUGUAGAUGCAGCUCUGAAAGGCAUGCACUUCUACAGAAACCUCCAGGCCGAGGACGGUCACUGGGCGGGGGACUACGGCGGGCCUCUCUUCCUGCUCCCAGGUCUCCUGAUCACAUGCCACGUAGCUAAGAUCCCUCUGGCUGAGGCCUGGAAGAAAGAGAUGGUGAGGUACCUGCGCUCCGUUCAGCUGCCAGAUGGAGGCUGGGGCCUACAUAUUGAAGACAAGUCCACCGUCUUUGGCACAGCGCUGAGUUACACCUCAUUAAGGAUCCUGGGAGUAGAGCCUGAUGAUCCAGAUAUGGUUCGAGCCAGGAACAACCUGCACAGCAAAGGCGGCGCUGUAGGGAUUCCCUCAUGGGGUAAAUUCUGGUUGGCCAUUUUAAACGUCUACAGUUGGGAGGGAAUGAACACACUGCUGCCAGAGAUGUGGCUUUUCCCCACUUGGAUGCCAGCUCACCCCUCUACCCUGUGGUGUCACUGUCGCCAGGUCUACCUACCCAUGAGCUACUGUUAUGCUGUCAGACUGGCUGCAGAGGAAGACUCCCUGAUCCUCAGCCUCAGACAGGAGCUUUAUGUCCAGGACUAUUCCACCAUUAACUGGCCUGCUCAGAGGAACAAUGUGGCUGCAUGUGACAUCUACACACCUCACAGCACACUGCUCACCGUCGCCUACAUGGUGUUAAAUGUGUAUGAAGCUCACCACAGCACCACUCUGAGAGGAAAGGCUGUCAAAGAACUGUAUGAGCACAUCCAAGCAGACGACAGCUUCACUAAAUGUAUCAGCAUUGGACCGAUCUCCAAGACCAUCAACAUGCUGGUUCGCUGGUAUGUGGACGGUCCCUCCUCUCCGGCCUUUCAGGAGCAUGUGUCCAGGAUCCCAGACUACCUCUGGUUGGGAUUAGAUGGCAUGAAAAUGCAGGGGACCAAUGGAUCUCAACUCUGGGACACUUGCUUUGCUGUGCAGGCUUUCCUUGAGGCAGGAGCCCAGGAUAACCCCAGACUAGCUGAGUGCCUCAGAGAUGCCCAUCAGUUCCUCGCCAUCACACAGAUACCUGAGAAUCCUCCUGAGUACCAGAAGUACUACAGACAAAUGAACAAGGGAGGCUUCCCCUUCAGCACCCGUGACUGUGGUUGGAUUGUGGCUGACUGCACAGCUGAGGGCCUGAAGUCCGUGAUGCUGCUGCAGGAGCUCUGUCCCUCCAUCAGCCAACCUGUCACCUCAGAGCGCCUGUAUGACGCUGUCAAUGUGCUGCUGAGCAUGAGAAACCCUGAUGGUGGAUUUGCCACAUAUGAAACUAAGAGAGGAGGGAGACUCCUGGAGCUGCUCAACCCCUCCGAGGUGUUUGGUGACAUCAUGAUAGAUUAUACCUAUGUGGAGUGCACGUCAGCGGUAAUGCAGGCUCUGAGGCACUUCCAGAAGGCCUACCCUCAACACCGUGCUGAGGAGAUAAGCUCCACUCUAAAAGAAGGACUUGAGUACUGCAGGAUGGCACAGAGGCCUGAUGGAUCCUGGGAAGGGUCCUGGGGAGUGUGCUUCACUUAUGGAAUAUGGUUUGGCCUUGAAGCCUUUGCUUGUAUGGGUCACGUCUACAAGGACGAGGACGUGUGUGUGGAGGUGCAGAAAGCUUGUCGGUUCCUGCUGGACCAGCAGAUGUCGGACGGAGGCUGGGGGGAAGACUUUGAGUCGUGCGAGCAGCGGCGCUACGUCCAGAGCAGCACAGCUCAGAUCCACAACACCUGUUGGGCUUUGUUAGGCCUCAUGGCUGUCAGACAUCCUGACAGACGGGCCAUCGAGAGAGGAGUACAGCUGCUGAUUGACAAACAGCUGCCCAACGGAGACUGGCCACAGGAGAAUAUUUCAGGUGUGUUCAACAAGAGCUGUGCUAUCAGCUACACCUCCUACAGAAAUGUCUUCCCAGUCUGGACCCUCGGCCGCUUCUCAGCUCUUUACCCCAGCAGUCCGUUGGCUGGGAAGGUCAAGCUGUGAAGACCUUGAUGAGGUCGUGGUUCAUCGGACUGUCUGCCACUAUGAAGAAACAAAAUGAAAUUUUUUUACACUUACAAAACUGUCAGCCUUCAAAUUAUUCAUAAUGUCUGUGUGUCUGAACAUUUCAGCACUUCAUCUGUGUUUCCAGAGUUGAGUGGAUCAGAUAUAGUAACACAUCUCAUUCUUUGAAUAACUUUCUGUGUUGACGUUCCAGGUUGGCUCAUCUAUCAGCGCUGCUCCUUAAAAAGCUGUUGAGAUAAUCUGCUGCUAUUCAAGAAGCCCAGUUCAUGUGUGCUGGUUUAUGAAGUGCAUAAAAGCAAUAAUGUCCGUGUUGCCCUACAUUUCUGCUCCUUCCUCACCAUUUACAUUUAGAAUAAAGAAUUUUUCUAUCAUGUUAUAACAGUUGGAUGUGUCCUCAGCUUAAUAGCCUCACACUGAUCUGUGCUCAGCCAAAUAUCAAACUGUUAACACAAUUCUUUCAUAUGGAAAAACACAAGACGUGAUGCCGAUCAAUCAGGAUUUUUAACUGUUUGUUCUUGUGACACACCGGCUUUCACAUGCUGAACAUGUUUACUGCCUCGGAAACACCCAGUACACGGGCAGUGACGUCCCAUGAUGUCUUAACCUUUAUCGGAGUAAAAGUUGGCAGAGCAUGCACAUUUUUUCAGCAACACCCUGCACCACCUCCCACUGCACACACAGUACCAACACAUUGGUGUUAGUGUUGGUAUUUUACUGUUGUACAGUCCAGCAGUUGCUAGAGGGAAAGCAGCAUGAUGGAAAAGGAUCCAUUUUUCACAUUCAUUU